AGGCAAGAUAAAAGGAGCAAAUGUCUCCUGGUCUGCUUACACACAGAAAUACAUUCAACACGUGCCUGGCUGUCCGUUUGACUGCUUCUGGACUCGAAAUAAAGGAAACGAAGAUUUACUCUCCAAACAGUGCUGGUGAAGCUCUCUGGAUCUGAAAGUUAUCAUGGAUGCUGCAGAGUUUCGACGCAGAGGCAAGGAGAUGGUCGACUAUGUGGCAGACUACUUGGAAAAUAUAGAACAGCGACCAGUCUACCCAGAUCUGGAACCCGGAUAUCUCCGUUCUUUAAUCCCUACGGAGGCCCCACUUGAGCCUGAGAGUUAUGAAGAAAUAAUGCAUGAUGUGGAGAGAGUCAUAAUGCCAGGGAUCACCCACUGGCACAGCCCAAACUUCUUUGCUUACUUUCCAGCAGCUUCCUCUUACCCUGCUAUGCUGGCUGAUAUGCUGUGUGGGGCCAUCGGUUGCAUUGGAUUUUCCUGGGCUGCCAGUCCAGCUUGCACAGAGUUGGAGACAGUGAUGCUAGAUUGGCUUGGGAAGAUGCUGCACCUGCCUGAGAGUUUUAUAGCGGGGACACAUGGCCACGGAGGUGGUGUCAUUCAGGGAACAGCCAGUGAAGCCACCCUGAUAUCCUUGCUUGCUGCCCGCUGCAAGGCAAUCCGACGGGUCCUGGCAACAGAUCCUAAAACAUCUGAAGCUGACAUCCUCUCUAAACUUGUGGCAUACACUUCUGAGCAGGCUCAUUCCUCUGUGGAGCGAGCAGCCCUGAUUGGAGCAAUCAUGAUGAGGAAGGUUCCUACUGAUGAAGACUACUCUGUUAGAGAGGAAAUGCUGAGAAAAAUGGUGGAAGAAGACAAAGCAGCUGGACUCAUCCCGUUUUAUUUUUGCGCCACUCUUGGCACCACACCAUCAUGCGCUUUUGAUCGUAUCAUGGAGCUGGGGCCCCUAUGUAAUAAGGAAAACAUGUGGAUGCACAUUGAUGCAGCUUAUGCUGGGAGUGCCUUUAUCUGCCCUGAAUUCAGACCUUUACUGAAUGGCAUUGAGUAUGCAGACUCUUUCAACUUCAAUCCACACAAAUGGCUUUUAGUCAACUUUGACUGCUCUGCAAUGUGGGUGAAGGAGAGAACGGACAUCAUUGGAGCUUUUAAAAUGGAACCGCUCUACCUGAAACAUGAAAACCAGGAAUCAGGGCUGGUCACAGAUUACAGGCAUUGGCAGAUUCCUCUAGGAAGGAGAUUUCGCUCUUUGAAGUUGUGGUUUGUGUUUCGUAUGUACGGACUAAAAGGCCUGCAAGCUCAUAUACGGAAGCAAGUGGCCUUGGCCAAAGAGUUUGAGAGUCUGGUCAGAGCAGACAAGAGGUUUGAGAUCUGUGCUGAAGUUGUUCUGGGACUCGUAUGCUUCAGGCUCAAGGGCUCUAACGAUCUGAACCAAACCUUACUCAAAAGGAUCACAAAGAGCAGAGAGCUCCACUUGGUACCCUGCCAGCUCUCUGGUCGCUUUGUCCUGCGCUUCGCCAUCUGUGCACGCACCACUGAGUCACGCCACAUCCAGCAAGCGUGGCGUCACAUUACACAGUUAGCCUUUGAGCUUCUGCAGGAGCAGCCACAUUGACAUAGAAUAUAGGAGGCGCUAUUGCACUUAGUUGCUAAAGUGAAAACCAAAGUUUAGACAAAAGAUAUGUGAAAUUUGCAGAUAUAAAGUGUCCAAACUUUUCCCGGCUGCCAGUAAAGUUUCAGCCUGCAGCCAGGGGAAGCAUGGGAAGUGUUUGCCAUUACUACUGUAUGUACAUGUUCGAUGGUUUUGUAGAUACAGAUACAUAUGCCUGACCUGAAAACAUGUGAAGAAACAAAAAGGGACAAGAGUCAAAGUAUUACAUUUUACAUCUGCAAUUCCUUCAUCUGUUGUCUAUCCUUCUAUCUGUCACUGUUUGGUGAUGUGGUAACAGUCUUCAACAUUGUGCACUUUCCUCCCUGCAACUUUUCUGUGCUCUAUCGGUGUCUUCUGGUUGUCAAA